AUGAGUACAGUGUCUGAGCCUUUGGUUGGGAGCAGCAGGUCUCUGUCUGCAGCCAAGAGACACAAAAGUAUCAGGAAAAACUCCAGAAGGAUUUAUUCUGCCUACCAGGACCACCAAGGCUCAUCAGAUGAUGAAGAUAAAGAGGAUGAGAGAGUGGACAGCAACGACCCAGAGGAGAUGUUCCAGAACAUUCAGUACCAGAAGGAGAUCAUCGCCAACAUCCGGACCAGGCCUUGGCCAAUGAGACGCAAGCUUAAAGUCCUCAAGCAGGCCAGAGAGAUUGUUCUAAAGUAUGAGGGCCGACUCACCAGAACCAGAGGUUACCAGACUGCAGGAGCUGAUCUUCUGAAGAAAAUUUCCCGUCUGCUUUACAACAUUGUAGUUCUGUUCAUUCCCUGGGAAGUUAGGAUCAAGAAAAUCGAAAGUCACUUUGGGUCAGGCGUGGCCUCCUACUUUAUCUUCCUUCGCUGGUUGUUUGGGAUCAAUAUCGUCCUCACCAUCAUGACUGGAGCCUUCAUUGUCCUACCAGAGCUUCUGGCCGGAGCUCCAUUUGGAACGACAAGAAGUAAAACUAUUCCGAAAGAGCAUCUGGCUUCAGCCCAGGACUUGGACACCAUCUGGUCUCUCGGGGGCUACCUGCAGUACUCUGUGUUAUUCUAUGGUUACUAUGGCAGGGUGAGGAAAAUUGGCAGUGCAGGGUACCGGUUGCCCCUUGCCUACUUCCUGGUUGGGAUGGCUGUCUUUGCCUACAGUUUCAUCAUUCUGUUACGAAAAAUGGCCAAGAACUCUCGUCUGAGCCUGGCCAGUGCCUCUGAUGAGAACUUUACAUUCUGCUGGAGAGUUUUCUGUGCCUGGGAUUAUCUGAUAGGAAACCCAGAGGCUGCAGAGAGCAAAGGAGCUGCUAUUGUCAACAACAUCAGGGAAGCCAUUGUUGAGGAGCAGGAAAAGAAGAAGGAUACCAGUCUGGCAGUUCUGAUCAGUCUACGUAUCUUAGCCAACAUCCUGGUGCUGCUGUCUCUAGCCGGCAGCAUCUACAUCAUCUACUUUGUGGUGGACCGUUCUCAGAAACUAGAGCAGGAAAAGCCGGAGCUGACGCUGUGGGAGAAAAAUGAGGUGAGUGUGGUGGUUUCCCUCAUCACCAUGAUUGCACCGUCUGCCUUUGAGUUGGUGGCUCAGCUGGAGAUGUACCACCCACGAACCUCGCUGCGAUUCCAGCUGGCCAGAGUGCUUGUUUUAUACCUGGGGAAUCUCUAUAGCCUCAUUAUUGCCCUCCUUGAUAAGGUCAACAGUAUGAGCUCUGCUGUCCAAGUAAGUCCGAGUAACUGGACUGACUCUAGCGCCUACUUGGCCACCAUAUCUCAACCUGAAGGUGACAGCCUCUCCACCCUGGUGUCAGAGAUCUCUGUCUUUGAGCAUCACAACAGUACCAUAGCAACCAUCGCCACAGUUCUGUAUGUUACCAACAGCAACAGGAGCAGCUCAGCGACCGUCUCCAACCAGACAGUUCUGUUUGAGAAGAACGCCCGCUCUCAGCAGGACCAGUGCUGGGAGACCUACGUUGGACAGGAGAUGCUGAAGCUGUCCAUCAUUGACAUGAUCUUCACAGUGGCCAGCAUCUUGCUCAUCGACUUCAUCAGAGGUCUGGUGGUUCGCUACCUAAGUGACUGCUGCUGCUGGGAUUUAGAGAGCAAGUUUCCUGAAUAUGGAGAAUUCAAAAUAGCUGAGAAUGUCUUGCACUUAAUUUAUAACCAAGGAAUGAUCUGGAUGGGAGCGUUUUUCUCUCCCUGUCUUCCUGCAUUCAAUGUGUUGAAGCUUAUCGGUCUGAUGUAUCUGAGGAGCUGGGCCGUUCUCACCUGUAAUGUUCCACAUCAGCAGGUCUUCCGAGCUUCCAGAUCAAACAACUUCUACCUGGCUAUGCUGCUUUUCAUGCUGUUUCUCUGUAUGCUGCCCACCAUCUUUGCCAUCGUGAGAUACAGGCCGUCACAGCACUGUGGACCAUUCAGUGGUCAAGAGAAAAUUUACGACAUCAUCUCCGAGACAGUGGCCAGUGACUUCCCACUGUGGUUCAGUAAAGUGAUGAGUUACGUCACCAGCCCUGUUGUAGUGCUGCCAGCACUGCUGCUGCUGUUUAUGCUGAUAUACUAUCUCCAGGCCAUUGCCCGAUCCCUUAAAUUCACCAACAACCAGCUGAGGAUGCAGCUCCAGACUGAGCGGACUGAUGACAAGAAAAAAGUCUUCCAGAUGGCUGCAGCAAGACUGCAAGCUCCAGAGGCUGCGGCGGACAAAAAGCCAGAUCAGCUGGAGAGCGACGCCACCAGCCAGGAGGCCUCCAUUCACACCCCAAGCCCCCGACACAACGGCAGCAUCACAAACAUUCAGUCUCCUGUCCAUCGUGGAAAUAGCAUCCGCACCAUCACCCAAUCAGCAUCCAGGGCUGACCUGAACAGAGGAAGUGUGGCUGGAUCCAUGAGAAGCCCAGCAGUGACUGUACUGCCUAAACACCGCCUGGAACACAUACCUAACAGGCCCCCACCACUUUUUGGUGGUGCUAGCGGUACCUGCAGGUCCAAGUCCUACCACUACAUGGCUUACAAUCCCCCAUCUCACUGUCCUGACAGCAUCCACUCUGACCCCUUGUACAGGAAGACAGUACGCUCCCUACAUCCCGUUGAGGCUACUGGGAUCAUCACUGCACAGAGUUAUGGAGGACGGCGUGGUCACACCACCCGCUAUGUGAUUGUCAAUGAGCACGAGCCUAGGAAGAAGCUGCUGCGCUCAGCCACACGUAUCCCACGGCAUUAUCUCAUGGAGGAGCCUACAGAGAUCUUGGAGCUAUACCCACGUAACAUCAGACGCUAUGCACCACGCACCACUCACCACCAACCACACUGUCACCGGUCCCACCCAUCACAGCAGCAUCUGAGUGAAGCAGAAGAAGAGGAAGAACAGGGUAAAGGCAGGAGAAGAAUGUCAUCAGGGAAAGCUCAUCGGCCUCGUUCCCUGUCUGACCUCCACCAGCCAGCACACUUCUACAUCGGUGACCGUGUAGAAAGCCACAUGACUGUGGCCAAAGACAGCCACACAGCUCGAGGAAGAUAUAGAGCGCAAGAGGAUGAUGAAGAGGAAGACGGUGAAGGAGAAUUGGACUGGGGAGAUUUAGAGUUACACUCUCGGUCCCAGGCCAGUGUGAAAGCAGCUGACCCACUUCUUGUGCGAAGCAGGCGUCACAUUCAUUCCCCAGGAAAACAAUAUCAGUCCCCAGCCAGGACCGGCCACAAGGAGUCUUAUCUGAAGCCCAAGUCAAGGCCGAAGCUGGAAACCCCGCUGACUGAGUCAGACUCAGCCUCCCUGGCCUCCAGCAGUGACCAACAGAACAGCAGCACUGACCAGUAUAUUCAGGUCAUCCACAACAAGGAGCGUUAUCUCAAGUCUGAAGCAAGGCAAGGAAAGCUGGCCAAAAAGAAAUCUAAAACCAAUUUUGAUCUAAAUGCCACUGGGUCAAAUGACUUGGUCUGCUCCAAUGUUUGA